AUGUUGCUACAAAGGACAUGAUUUCGUUGUUUUUUAUGGCUGUGUGGGUUUGGCUUUUGCUUUUAACAUUUACUGUUUCUCUGAGUGUACCAGCUUUGUUCACAUUUCUUUGUUCCCCUCACAUUUCUUAUCCAGUGCAAACCUUAGUUUCAACACAAAACAACACACAUAACACAAAAAAUCUCCUGGGAUUGCUUGUGGUAUUAAUAUAUUAAGUGUAAAUUUGGAAAAAUUUGUCUUUACAUUAGUCUUUCUAUUCAAGAACAAGAAUGAUUAGCUAAAUUUUAUGCAAGGGGGCAUAAAAUGUGGGAGAUACAAUGCCUGGAAGUUCAACUUCUGCCAAAAUUUGACUGGUAUCUUAGAAACUCAAGUUAUUAGAUUAGAGUUAAGGAAACACAUGUCAAGAAUGAGAGAAGAAAGCCACUGGGUCCUUAUAGUCCUUUGAAGAAAAUAGUACUAACUAAAAAUGAAGUAUUGUUUGGGGCAUAUAUAUAGCAAGGGAACAAUGAAUAUAAAUGGAAGACCUCAGACCAUAGUUACCUCUAGAGGGAAGGCUGGAUGGAGCAUGGACAUGAAGGAAGCACACAGGCAGAUGUAAGUUAUUGGAAAGGUUCAAGUUUUGGAUUGGAUAGUAAAUUCAUAGGCCUUAAUUAUACUUAAAAAUAUAAACAAAUGGAUUUAAAAUAACCAUGAAGGCUAUGCAUGGCUCAAUUAAGAUAGCACAUCAUGAACUAGGGAUUAUGAUUAAUCCCAUUCUGUGCUCCCACAUUCCUUAAAAGAAUUUUUAAAAUGCUAAUAAUGAACACUUGAGCACUUAGAGUGUUUUAAUGUAUUAUCAUAGGUGUCCUUACAUAUUAAUUCAUUUUCCUGUAUUAAUAGCUCUGUGAAAUAUGUGUUACCUUCAUUUUGUAGACCAGGAGACAGAGGCAUAAAGAGGUUGAGUAACUUGACCAUGGUUCCACAAUUUAUAUUAAUAAUUGGCAGUCAGGAUUCAGACUUAGGCUGCCGGCUCCAACAUCUGUACUCUUAAUCACAGUGUUGCAGUGAGUGCCUCAUAUGGAUAUAAUGGGUGUUUUCCAGGGGCUAAAAACUUGGCCAGAGGCACUGAGUUAUUGAUGAAGCUAGAGUUCAGUGAGAAGGAAAGACAGUUCCCUAGGGUACCAGAAAGAAACAGCAGAUUAAUGAAGGGUACACCCAGAAAAGAGAAUAUAUAGGCAAGGAAGGCCAUCAAACUUAAGGCUUCUGGAGGGAAGGUGGUGGUUGGAUUAAAGAGUAACCGGUGAGUGAAAAAUAUGUAGGAAAGGUUUAAUCAUAAGAGCUGCCAUUUACCUAAAAAAUACUGUGUGCCUUACAUAUGUAAUGUUUAAUCCUCACAAGAGCCUUUAGAGGUAUAGUAUACUCCCCUUAUCUGAGGGGCAUCCAUUCUAAUACCCCUAGGAGAUGCUUGAAAAUGUGGAUGGUAUCAAACCCUGUGUAUACUAUGUCUUUUCCUCUACAUACAUACCUGUGAUGAAGUUUAAUUUAUCAAUUAGGCACAGUAAGAUAUUAACAACAACUAGUUAUAGAACAAUUAUAACAGUACGUCAGCGUCACUAUUCUUGUGCUUUGGAGGCAUUAUUAAGUAAAAUGAGGGUUACAUGAUCACAGGCACUGCAAUACCAUGACAGUUGAUCUGAUGACCAAGACAGCUAAUAAGUGACUAACAGGUAGCUAGUGGAUACAGAGUGGAUACACUGGAUAAAGGGAUGAUACAUGUCCCAAAUGGGAAAGAGCAACAAAGUGUGAGAUUUCAUCACCAGAAUGGCACAUAAUUUAUAACAUAUAAAUUGUUUAUUUCUGGCAUUUUCCAUUUAAUAAUUUUGAUCCCCAGUUGACCCUGGGUAACUGAAACUGCAGAAAGCAAAACCUCAGAUAAGUGGGGGAUACUGUAUAGGUAUUGUCAUUAUUUCUGCUUUACAGUUGAGAAACAGAGAAUGUGGUGAUCUUGAUUGGACAGUGAUGCCCAAAAUGACUGAUAUAGAGGAAGCUUUUACUGUAUUUUGAAGGCUUUGGGAGCCAUUGAAGCAUUUAGAGCUGGGCAAUAACCAGAGCUCGCUUUUGGAACUUGUUAUAUUGAGUUCAGAAAUGAUUUCUGUCUUUCUCACCAUAGGAACUCUAGAACUGCUAUUCCUUCCCAUGACAGGACAGGGUGGCAUGAGGGUGGCAGGCCACUGUGUCUGUCAGUACUGCCAGACAGGACUUAAUUCCAUGGUUAUUCCUCUCUCCCUUCUAGGUUUCCUUGCUCAGGACUCUGUCCCUGCAGAAAAGAGGAACACAGAGAUGUUAGGCAAUCCACCAUCUGCUGGGUCCCAGGAGUUGGUGACCUUCAAGGAUGUGGUUGUGCACUUCAGCCUGGAGGAAUUAAGCUCCCUUAGUGCUGCUCAGAGAAACCUCUACCGGGAGGUGACCCUGGAGAAUUACCGGAACCUGGUCUCCCUGGGGUACCACUUCUCUAAACCUGACAUUAUCUCACGCCUGGAAAAGGAGGAAUCACGUGCAGUGGAGACAGACAGCAAUGCAGUGAUUUGUCAAGGAGAGUCUCAUGACGACCCAUUGAAACCACACCAGGGCAACCAAGAGAAACUUUUGAGUCCUAUAACAAUGAAUGCCCCCAAGACUCUCACUCAGGAAAGAAGCUAUGGCAAUGAUGAAUUUGAGAGACACUCUAAUCUUACUGAACAAUCAGAGGAUCCUCUAGGAAAGGAUCCCCAGGAAGGCACUACUCCUGGAAUAUGUACCAGUCCCCAGUCAGUGUCCCAAGAGAACAAACACAACAGAUGUGAAUUUUGCAAACGAACCUUCAGUACUCGAGUAGCCCUCAGGAGACACAGGAGGAUCCAUACUGGGGAGAAACCCUUUGAAUGUAAACAGUGUGGUGAAGCCUUCUAUCUCAUGCCACACCUCAAGAGACAUCAGAAGACUCAUUCUGGUAGGAAGCCAUCUGGCUGCAAAAAAGAUAGAAAGUCUUCCAUCCAGUGCACGAAGCUCUGUGAACGUGUAGGAAUUCGUAGUCAGGAGGACUACUGUGAAUGUUUUCAGUGCGGCAGAGCUUUUACCCAGAACGUGCAUCUUUUUCAACAUCUCAAAGCCCAUGAGGCAGCAAGAGUCCUUCCUCCCUGGUUGUCCCGCAGCAAGACAUACUUCAUUCGUUAUCAGCGGAAACAUGACUAUGUUGGAGAGAGAGCCUGCCAGUGUUGUGAUUGUGGCAAAACCUUCAGUCAGAGUUCACAUCUCAUUCAGCAUUAUAGAACUCAUGCUCACGAGAAGCCUUACCAGUGUCAGCUGUGUGGGAAAUGUUUCAGCCGACCCUCAUACCUCACUCAGCAUUAUCAACUCCAUUCUCAAAAGAAAUGUUGAGUGCAAUCACUGUUGAGAAACCUUCAGUCACAGCACGCAAUUUUCUCAACAGUUUCAGCUUCAUCCUAGAAAGAGUGUUCUGAAUGUGAGAAGGCCUUCCACUAGCCACCACACCUUGUUAACGGCUUGAAAAUUCAUCAAAGUGUGGU